AUGGCUUCCAUGACUCCACCAAUAUUCAACGUGGAGGAUCUCGCAAAUGCAGCAGCGGGAGUGGCUUCGCAGCGCCAACCACAGACAGGAGAGACAGCGACGACGACGCAACAGCCCCUGAGAACGUCGCAGAGCUUCCGGGUGGAUGAAGGUUAUAGCGGACUUGAUGAUGCGUUAAGAGAAGAAUACGCUUAUAAACUCGUCCGCACCCUACCGACAUCCAACAUCGCAUCGCUGGUCGAUAGAUUGGUCCCAAUUCUCCACCUCGACUUUAUCCAACUGCUUCCUUCCGAGCUAUCGCUUCAGAUCCUAUCGCUCUGGAGAGAUCUGUAUCACGGCGCCGGAUGGGAGGAAAACAGCGCCGAAGUACGACUAUUUGAGACUGAAAUGCAACAGCAGGGAGCGGCUAAACGGAAGGCCGAAGAGCAAAGAGACGAGGAAAAGAAACUUAGAGAUCUAGCAAGGCGGAACAUAGACCGAUUUAGGUCGGGCCCUGGAAGCCAAGGUGAGAGCUCUGCAUCGGACUCGUCUGGUGGCCCUAUGGAUAUCAGUGGGGAUAGUUCCACCCAAGGAAGCUCUGGUGCAUAUGGCACUCCGAACCAGGAUGCGGAAUACUUUCCUUAUACGGCCGAUUCUUUAAGAACUAUCCGCCAGUCAUCGAUGGCGGGAGUUUUUGGUGGCCCGAGUGCUGCUAUGUCGGAUGAUGAUGACAUGUAUCCAACCGGAAUGAGUCGGCCUAUAACAUCACAGGCAUAUGAGGAGCCAUCACUUCCAAUCCAACCAACAUUGACAAUGCCUGGUUAUAACCACCCCCGGCUGAAUUGGGCGUUUCUCUACAAGAAUCGUAGAAGACUUGAGGAUAAUUGGCAGCACAACCGAUUCACAACAUUUCAGAUCCCCCAUCCCAACUACCCUCACGAGGGUCAUGGUGAAUGUAUCUACACCAUUCAAUACUCACCCAACUUCCUUGUAUCUGGGUCGCGUGACCGAACAGUUAGAAUUUGGAACAUGCGUACCCGGAGGUUAGUGGGAGAGCCAUUGAAGGGUCAUACCGGGAGUGUACUGUGUCUCCAGUUUGACGAAGAGGAGCAAGUUUUGGUCACUGGAUCGUCAGACUCUAGUGUUAUCAUCUGGAAAUUCCCUACCGGCGAGAAACUGAAGGUUAUCGAGAAAGCUCAUCAAGAAUCUGUUCUCAACUUGAAGUUCUCGAAGAAAUGGCUUGUGACAUGUUCCAAGGACAAGUUAGUCAAGGUCUGGAAUCGAGAGCAGCUAGAGACCACAAACAAGGACUAUCCGUGGCCCUCCAUGGGUUCUGGGCUCAAUCUUCAAAACCCAUACAGCAGCAGUGAUCCCAACCGUGCAUUUGGCGCUAGCACUCGUGCGCCACCCAAAGGCAGCCCCAGAACUCUCCACCCAUACACUGUGAUCCAAAAUCUCUCGGGCCACGCAGCCGCCGUAAAUGCAAUUCAACUCCACGGCGACCAAAUCGCAUCAGCGUCUGGAGACCGUCUUAUCAAGCUAUGGAAUCUCCGCACUGGGGCCUGUGAAAAGACCUUUGUUGGCCAUACCAAAGGUAUUGCAUGCAUCCAAUUCGACGGCCGCACCAUCGUCUCCGGCUCAUCCGACCAAACCAUCCGCGUCUUCGACUGCGACACCCAAGCCGAAAUGGCCACUCUCCAGGGCCACGGCGCCCUCGUCCGCACCGUGCAAGCCACAAGAAACAGGAUUGUUUCCGGCUCCUACGACGAGACCGUCCGCAUCUGGCACAAAGACCAAGAAGACCGCUGGGUUUUCGGCGCCACCCUCCACCAGAGCCAGUCCCCCGCCGCGCUCCGCUCCGCCGCAGCCGCAGGUGCCGGAACACCCGCAAACGUACCCGCUCAGAUCGCCACGCUUUACCAGCAACAAGGCAUGCAGCCCGCCGCAGUCCACAUGCACCAGAUCCAGCAGGUUGGGAACCAGGCAGGCCUCGCUGGUGCCGUGGCCGCCUCGCAACUACUACCGGCACAUCAUCACCACAUGCCACCGCGGCCGAUACAGCCCCCACAAGCUGUUCUUCCCCAGGGCCAUGGCGGGAACUCGGGAACCCACAGGGUCUUCAAACUCCAGUUUGAUGCUAGGUGGAUCAUUUGCUGUAGCCAGGACAGCAAGAUUAUAGGUUGGGACUACGCUGCAGAUGAAGAGAGUGUCAUGGAGGCCAGUCGCUUCUUCAAGGGCGGCUAA